UUCGCGCGCCGUAGCGGGUUUUAUUCGGUCCGCGACGUUUAGUAGCCGUAGUCACGUGCCCCGUGUGUACCGCUGCCGUCUGUCAGUCCGUCGGCGGCGUCGCAAUAAUAAUAUUAUUGUUGUGUUAUCUCUAUUAUUAUUAUUAUUAUUAUUAUAGCACUUGCAAGAGCUGUCUCGCGACUUUGCUGAAAUUUCGCAUUUUUCGACUUUUUGGAGAUAUUGAAAAAAAAAAAAAAAACCGUUAGACUCUUUCCGGGCGUUAGUCGGUGGAGCGCGCGCGCGCUUGUCGCCCAUCAACCCGACAGCUUUCGAUCCGGAUCCGCUACCAUAAGUGUAUAAUCUACACGUCCGGCAAACGGAAGCGACGACACCAGUUAUGGAGUCGCGUCUGCAGCGGUCGACGUCCCGAUGCGACCGCUAUCACUAUUGCCGUCGUGCUGCCGUCGACGCUUUCCCGAUGACGUCAACUCUUGUGGCUGUCUUGUUUUCUCUGAUCGUCUUGCAGAUCGUGUCCAACACAGACCAAGCGGCGAUGUCCGUAAACGUUGUGCGAGUUGUCAGGGUGGACGUGCCAUCGGUGGUUCGGUCAUACGAUGCCAAACCCGACCCGGCGGCCACUGCGAUCGGCGGCGUGCCUCCGCCACUGUUGUUGGGCUGCGUGUACGCGUUGGAGGGUGGCGAGAACGACGACGAGAACGGCGACGUGAUCGCCCCGACGGACCCGCGGCCGGCCAACGGGACCGCGUCCACGGCGAACGGCGCUCGCGACCGGCGGUCAUCAUCGCCAGCACCGGACCUGGCCAUGGACGCGGCCAUGGAGGAGGUGCAGCGGCUAAGGGGCUUGGUGGUCAAGUGGUACUUCCGGCGCAACCCCAUACCGGCAGCACCCAAAGACGCGAUGGCCAUCAUCAACGACAACGAACAGGUGUACCAGUGGAUAGCCGGCGGCGGGCCCGAGGCGGGCGGCGGACUCGGCCCGCUCAGCGGACGCACGGUUGACGUCACCGCAGAGACCCCUCGCGCCGACCGGUCGUACUUGCACCGGGUCAUCCGGGUCGAGAGGCCCACCGCCGAGCUCACCGGCGAGUACAGGUGUCAAGUGGAGGACUGGAACUCUGAACGCAGGUCCGCCUGGCACCCCAUGGUCGUAUACACACCCGAACGAAUUUUCAAAAUAUCCGUCGACGAUAACGACGAUGACGACGAGGAUGAUAUCGCAGAAGGCAGUGGUGGAGAUUUGAAUUUCACGACUACUGAGCCGACGACCAGCAGCGCUCCACCGACUGGCCCGAAAAUGUGGCCGACCGAAAUCAACAUCACGUGCUACGCCGCCGGCAUGCAUCCCGAGCCAUCCAUGAGCAUUUGGGUGAAUGGAGUGUCACUGGAUUCCGUGACGUCGGUGGUCACUGAAGACGAUGGGGACAACGACGAGACCAAUGACGGCGCCGCACAGACGACCACCGCGUCGAUGACGACAUCUACCACGACCACAACGACGACGACCACGGCCAAGCCAAAGGCGUUCAGGAACCGGUACAGGGGCAACAGGGCCGGCGAAGAUGAGUACAAAAAGUACGCGGUUAGCGCCACUAGCGUGGUGUCGCUCAAGGACGCUGAGGAGUAUCGGAACAGCAAGCCGCAUCACCAGCGCCGACGGAACACCGUCGACGUGGAGUGUCGGCUGCGCGUGCCCGGCGACGGUGCCGGCAACGGUCACUGGAAAGCUAACCGGACGGCCGACCUUUAUUACUCCGCCCGCAAGUCGGUGGCGUACAAGUACCGCAACGACCUACCUCCGCCCGGUGACGCGUUCGCCGCCGUGUCUUCAGCGUCUUCGGUGGCUGAUGACGACGACGACGACGCCGACACCUACGGCAACGGCAGUGACCGUGGCGUUGACAACGAUGACACCCCGAACGCUAAAGACGCCGACGCCGACGCCAUUUCCGGCGCCACCAGCGUCACCGCGUCCUUCUCCGCCGUCGUUGUCCGGUCGGUGCAGACGAUCGCUGCUGCAGCCGUUGCCACUGCCGCCGCCCGACGUUAAGCCACGUGCGAAGUCUUCGCUCCUGUCCCGACCGCCUCCGCCACCGCCUCCGACCCCAUCGUGUGUAAUGGUAUUAGUGAUAGUAUUAUAUCAUAAUAUGAUAACAUUGUAAUAUUAUAUAUUAUUAUGACGUAGUGACACACAGUGUAACCCAAUUUCCCGCAUGUUUUUUUUUCAUUUCGAACCGACGCCGUGGUAAGUUCUGUUUAACCACCUCUACCUAUAUUAUAUAGGUACUCCACUAAUAAUUGUCACCAUAUAGUUUAUUAUUAAAAUAUAUCUACGAUUCUGUUGUUCUCCCGUAGACGGGAUGCUCACAAUUUAUUGUUUCACUUGCGUGGGCGGCAAAGUCCCAUUAGGUGGCCCUCGGACUACAUCCAAUUCGACCAAUCAGCAAUCCCAUGCCUGGCUUCCCGUGCAUCAUACUUGCAGUCAAUCAAAUUCGUAUCCGAGAGCAGAGUGUGGCCGGGCGCUUAGCCUUCCCCUCUGUUUCGCGCAACUUUUCGUCGUGUUCUUUACAGCCCAUUUCCCUCCUAUACCAUAACCCAUCCUAAAAUUGCUCGGAUUUUGUAUAUUAUGACGAGUUCCGCUCGUUAUAAUUUCAUACACAUAAUUAUAAUUCACAAAAAUAUCAAAUAUUGAUGAUUUUAGAUCGUUUUGUAGAAAUUGCUUUCGUUUUUAUUGCGACUGCUUUAGAAUAUCAAACGAUUAAUCAAUUCUAUUCAAUUGAAAAAACAAAAUAGAUUCUCUUUUUAACAAAAACUUUUUUUUAAUCUUUCAAUUAAUAACAAUACAAUAUAAUAGUAUGAUUGAUAAUAUGUAAAUGAUAAUUUUCAAAUAGCCACAUUUAAACUAAAACGUGUACCCAUGUGCAUCAUCAACACUAUCCUAAAUCGUUACAAAAAAUAUUUAAAUGAAAAACCACGACAUUAUGAGUUUUGUUUUUUUUUAUAGAAUCGAAAACCACUAUAUAAAUAAUCCGGACACAGCUUUAGCGGAUGACAUCCAAAACGAUUUUUAUCAACCGCAAAAAUAUUACCUCAUAAAAGGAGUUUUUAAUAUAUUAUAUUUUGAAAAAAAAUGAUCACACACAAUCUGAAAGUUUAUUUAAAAUGAAAAUGAAGCGACUUUAUACCUGUCUUAUUAGAAUGUUUGUGAGACGCGUCUAUACGCAGUUAAAAACUCCCAAAUUGAAUUUAUUGAGUUCCGCCGUGUAGGUUGUUUCGAUGUGAUUUUGUUUCGAUACGCUUCUAAAACAAUUUAUUUACAAGCACUCCAACGUCAGUAUAGGUACUAAUUUAACCAUGGUCAUAGUAAUUGUUUAGGAAACACGAUUUAAUCACACGUUUACACUUCGUUGUCGGUUGUGACUUGUAAAACAGUAUCGUCGUUCAUCGGAAACACGAGUAUACAUGCGAGUUUCGCAUUCAUCUUUCUAUUGAGACUUCGUCACCUCUCAAAACGAGUCUGAUUGUCAGAUUUACGUAACACGUUUCUGUUUUUAUCUGAACAUUUGUAUUAUUUGACUUCUCUGUAUCCAACAUUCAACAAGCCUAAUAAUAUUUCUUACUUAAAAUUCUUUAUAUGAAAUUAAAACCGGCCAAAUUUUUACAUUUUUACAUUAUACCCACACUGAAUUGAAUCAUUCAACAGUCGACAAAUAUCUAUUUCAGAGUAUAGUUCUCUAAUGACGAGAAUUUUAGAAAUGAAACGUAAUAUUAUAAUAUCUUUAUCACGUUUGUGUUUUUACUAUUGAUUAUGGUGAUGUUAUACACCCGACUCCAUGAAUCUAUUAAAAAUCGUUAAUCCACAAAUAAUUUGUUUAUAUUUGUGGUUUUUGAACACCAUUGUUAUACCGGAUAACAAGUCGAUUUAAUGACGUUCGUGGAUACGUGUUUAAUUUCAUUACCGUCACAGUGUGCAUAAAGUUAUAAUAAAUUUAUAAUUAUUUAAAGUUAUAACAACCAUUGUAUAUUAUAUGUGCGUACAAAAUAUCGAGACACGAUCAAAACUGUCAACUACAGAUGUAGUUGUAUGAUGGUUAUGACAUUUUUAUUCCCCUCCGCAGGGAGAAUUUAAAUCGUUUUUGUAUAAUAAAUAUAAAAUGUUGUAUAUUUAGUAUGAUAAUAAUAUAUAUACUUUUGUCGUGUUUGCACUUACGCCGUUCUUACAUGGAGUAACUAUAAUUACACUAUAUUUCACUAGUCGGUUAUCCUUAUAAUAUUAUGUUUAAAUGAUACACAUUUAUUUUAUAUUAAAUCACGUUUUACGGCUAUAAUGAUAAAUUGUAUAGUCACCACAGUUUUAGUUUCCCCGAAUGUAUAAACGAUAUUACUAUCCACCCAUAUAGCUUGUGUCAAUAUAUUAUUAUAAUCAAAUCUCUUAUUAAUCAUUUUUAUGAGUGCUGGCAUUUUGCAGAUGUCUUAAUGUCUUACGGGUUUUAUGUUUUUCCUCCCCACAGCUUUAUGUUAUUAUAACUAUUUUUACUAUUAUUAUUAUUAUUAUUAUUUAUUGUAAAUAUGUAAUUUUUAACACUACCAUCACUAUUAUGUACACGUUUCUAGUCUAAAAUUAUGUAGAGAAAAAUUACAUUUUUAAAAAUAGUUUAUAGUUGACAUUUAAGGAUAAUAAUAUGUUGUGUUAAUAUUACAAUAAUUUAUUGUGGUCUGACACUACUAUAUAAAAAAUAUUAUAUUACUGUGUAAGUCUUCUUUGUUUGUUGAAUUAUUUAUAUUAUUGAUUUUUGAUUUAUCGUGAUCUUUGGCUUAACAACCAAACGAGAUAUUUUAAAUGUUUAUUGUUAUUACUUACUUAUUACGUAUAUCCUAUUUAUUAUACUAAUACCUACGAAAUGCGCAUUUCUAAUUAUAUAGAAACUACUAGGCUAGAGAUACCAAAGAAUAAA